AUGAUAAGGUUGUUUGGAUAUCGAGUUGUUUCGACGAUUGGAAAUUGGCCGUAUUGCACAAUGCUGAGACGCGACCCAACAACAAUAAAGCUCAGUACGGAGGACGUGAAGGAGUAUUACAGACAGGAGGCGUACAAUAUGAUCACGGGCACGGACGAGCAGAAGAGGGCAAACCAGAAUUUUGAGGCCGCAAGCGCGGGUACUUCUCGUGAUUCGAAUAAAACUAAGGAUGAGCGGGUUUUGGGAUCGAGAUGA